GCCGCGCCCGCCGCUGCUACCGGUCUCCGCACGCCGCGGCGCAUAAGCGCGGGAGAGGCGGCAUGGCUGCCGGAUUCCGGAGCUGCCAGCUCGUCCUGCUCUUCUGGGCCGCUCUCGGAGGGGAGAGCAGGUACUUGGAGGGGAGGGGCGAAGCCUUCGCCGACGGGCCGGCCCUGCUAUUCAACCAGGAGCUGAAAAGGCAACUCUCCGGGGAGCAGAUCUACCGUCGGGCGCUGCGAUGCCUUGACAUGCUAAGUAUAGAAGGGCAGUUUACCUUCACUGCAGACCAGCCCCAGGUACAUUGCGCCACAUUCUUCAUAGGGGAACCAGAGGAGUUCAUCAGCAUAGAUUUUGAUUUUGUCAGCAUUGACUGUCAAGCUGGAGAUUUCUUGAAGGUUUUUGAUGGCUGGAUACUGAAAGGUGAGAAGUUUCCUAGCUCUUUGGAUCACCCUCUCCCCACCUUUCAAAGGUAUAGAGAUUUCUGUGAAGCUGGAGCUAUCAGGACCACCAUCCGGUCAUCUCAGAAUGUUGCAAUGAUCUUCUUCAGGAUUCAGGAUGCAGGGAAUGGAUUCACAUUAACAAUAAAGAAGCAGCCCAAUCUUUUCCCUUGCAAUGUCAUCUCUCAGACUCCGAGUGGAAGUUUUACGAUGAUUGUUCCUCAUCAGCAUCGGAACUGCAGUUUUUCCAUUAUCUACCCAGCAGUGAUAAAAAUAUCUGAUCUUAGGCUGGGACAUCUGAAUGGCUUUCACUUGAAGAAACCAACUGCAGGCUGCAGGGGCGCUGGAGAUUUUAUGGAGCUGCUGGGUGGAAAUGGGUUAGACCCUUCUAAGAUGCUUCCCUUGGCUGAUCUUUGCCAUUCUUUCAGUGGCCCCGCUCAAAUGAAGAUUGGCUGUGACAACACUGUAUUGCGGCUGGUCUCAAGUGGAAAGCAUAUCAAUCAAGUAACCUUUGAAUAUUAUCAGUUGGAUCGAUAUGAACAGGAAAAGAACGGCCUUGAGGAGUUCUGUCUUUCAAGUGUUUGAAAUAUCAGACAAGUCUCUCUUCCUGUAAUGUAUUAAUUUUGAGCAGCUAACUUGGUGAAACACUUCUGCUGUCUAAGCACUUAUCUUUUCGUAUGAAAUCAUUAUUUCCAUGAUCAUAAUUAGAACAGUGUUACUCCUAGCAUUUAUGAUAUAUUGUCUUUUUCUUGUCUUUAAGAGUAUUAAAUAUGUCCAAUACAUGCAAAUCUGUACAGAUUCCAAAAGCAACCCUUAGGCAUGCUUGCAUCCAUUGAUUCCAAAUAUGGUAUAUGUGCUGUAUCAGGGUGCCUAUUAAAAUACAUGCACAAUUUUUUGGAAUUAUUUAGAGUGCACAUAGCCAUUUUAGGACAUUGUGAAAUUCAAUUUGCAGUUUAUCCUUUUGGUGUCAAAUAUAAAAAGACUCACAUAGAGAAAUGAUAUUUCAAUUUUAUAAGAGAAUAUUACUGUGCACAAAUUUAAUUGCCAGUUAAUUUAUUUAAAUAAAUGUAUAUUCAGUUUUUAAUAAAAAUUUAUAGCAUGAAAAAAGAUUUUACUUCUACUGUUCUAAGCAUAAUAAAUACAUUCAUAGU